AUGUCGAAUUGGCCAUCAUCAACAACAACAACAAAUGCUACACACUUAGAUGAGCAACGAUAUUUCUCGCCAACAUUGCAUUCAACUUCAAUCACAAAACAUCAAUAUCAGAAUCAACUGUCACACUCUUCUUCGAAUAUGAUUUUCACAAAUAAUAUUGAAUCUAAUUUCAAAUUAUUUACACCAUUUUUACUAUCGCAUUUGGCAAUACCAAUAUUCACACAACCAUCGGUGGAAUUAUCUAAAAAUGCUGUCACAACAAAAAGUAUUAACACUGAUACAUACAAUUUGUCACCACAUUUAAAUAUGUAUUUGAAGAAUGGACCUGAUAGGACAGAAAUACUCAAUCAGUCAUUAUGUUUACCUAGUACUUCUUCCUCAAGUAUUGAACUGGGUACAUCAAAUAAAAGAAAGACAACAAACUGUAAAGUUGAUGCAUUUUCAAUAGAAAGUUUACUGGGUAAAACAAAUUCGUCCAAAACUACCAUAAAUAUGACAUUAGCAGAAAGCAAUUUCCCCAAGAUGGAAUUUUCCACUUCAAAUGUUCAAAUGUGCGAAGCUGGUACAACUAGAUAUACACUUGAUGCUUUGCAAUCAACAGAUGGACGAUCAAAACGUAGGAAAGAAUUGAAUACUGAUAAAGAGACAUCAACCAUUAGUCUACCAGGUAGAUUAAUUUGUAAUCAAUGUGGUAAAUCAUAUGCGACAACAUCAAAUUUAUCACGACAUAAACAAACACAUCGACCAUUAGAUAGUCCUUAUGCGAAACAAUGUCCAAAUUGUGAUCGAAUUUAUGUAAGCAUGCCUGCGCUUAGCAUGCAUAUGUUAACACAUAAAGCAGCACAUAAAUGCACGCAAUGCGGUAAAACAUUUUCACGUCCGUGGCUUUUACAAGGUCAUAUGCGUGCUCAUACAGGUCAAAAACCGUACGGUUGUGCGCAUUGCGGUAAAGCUUUUGCUGACCGUAGCAAUCUUCGUGCUCAUAUGCAUACUCAUUCUAAUAUCAAAAAGUACGAAUGUCCUGGUUGCAGGAAAUUAUUUGCAUUAAAAAGUUAUUUAAACAAACAUAUUGAACUGGUAUGUCCUGUACAACGUGCGUUACGUAAUCGACGUAUGACAUCGUCACAAGCUUCGUCGAUGACAGUAUUGGAUUCAGUAUAA